AUGGAAAUGGUGAGUUGGCGCGCGGCCAGCACUUUGCCGGCCGCUGCUGGUCUGCGUCUCCGCGUUUCCCGUGCGCGCUUCGGAUGCGCUCGCGUCGGCGCUUCCACGUUUCCCGUGCUAUCCGCCGUCGACCCCGAAUUUUCUCGUCUUCCUCCCGACGCCGCCGCUCUCCCUCUUCGAAGGCAAAUCAAUGGAGCGCGGAAAUUUCCACAUAAAAUCGCUGCAAUCCCACCACCACCACCGCCGCCGCCACCACCGCCCGCACAGAGUCGCCGACACCGCCGGUAG